AUGCGCGAGCCUUCCGCCCCCAACCUCAGCACUGCUCGCCGCGACACGCACCCUUACCUAACCGCGCCCGCCCUCGCCAUCCGCAUCCACUCCGUUAAUUUGGCCUGGCUCGCGCGUCCUGCCACUGCCCAGCGCCGCGUUCCACCUGCUUGGUUCGAUCCAGCGGCUCCACCGACUGAGCCGAUCCCACUCGCCGAGUCUGGCACGCCGAUUGACAUAACCGCCGUCCGCCGCUCCACCGAGAAGCUGGCUUCCCUACAGACGCCUCCUCCUCUCUCCAACUCCCCCAACUCCUCCGCCCUCGACCGCGAGAGCACCGUCGACCCCACUCCAGUCACCACUCCCGUCUUCGCCCACCCCGAGCCCGCUCGCUCCAAGGAGAAGGGCCUCCACUUCUCCUGGCAGUCCACGCCUUCCGGCCACGCCCACCCGCUCGACCCGCUCGAGCUUGACGGCGACAUUUUGUUUGACGACGCCGCCGACUGCACCCGCCCGCUGCUUCCCGCUUCGCCCCCGCCUCUCGGGAUCGGGCAGCAACCGCUUUCGCUCCACCAGGCUUCCAACCGUGCGGCACAGAUGGCGGCCAUCGACGGUCCUGUGGAUAUCGCCACUUCCCGGCAGAACUCAACCUCGCCGCGGAACCAAACAUCAACACUCAGCGCUGCUCUCCAGGGAGCCGCAGCCCAGCCCAUAGCCACGCCGACCUCGGCUCCGAGGAGUGGCAACGAUGGCCGCCUGAGCAUAGGCGCCCGUCAGGACUCCAUCAGCCACAUUGGCUCCUACUAUGGCACUGGAGCUCGCCCCAUAUCCGUGAAGGAUCGCCCGCGGCGAGAGAGCACCACUGCCGGCAGCCUUCUCAACGGCAUGAGCUGGGGCGGUGUCUCUGUCGGCAGCUGGAUCAGAGAUGAUAUUGUGAUGGCUGGCACAUCGCCGUAUGCUUUCGGCCGCUCCCCUUCGUUUCAUUCUUCGUCGUAUCUACCAAAGAUGGAGGCGAACUUCAUGAAGGACUUCAACUGCUGCGGUCUUACGCUGGAUUCGCUGCACGAGCUGCUGCAACAUUUCGAAGAGUGCCACGCUGCGCCGUCUGCGACCAUGCAGAGGUCAUCGAUAUCCGGCCAGGGCGGCUUCAACAAUGGCGGAAGAAAUUCCAUUACCUCUGGCGGCAUCAAUCCUCAGCAGGCUGAGAACCAGCAAAUGCCGCACCAGCAGAAUGGCUUCAGGCCGCAACAAUUUCAAAACCAGCAGUUCACCAGCAACGGCUUCAACAAGAGCCAGCUCUCGACUGUGCAGGACAUGGACACGCUCGAAGACAUGGAGAUGGAUGAUCCGCAAACGCCAAUGGGCGUCCCGCAGCAGCAAUUCAGCGCGCAACCGCCGCAGUUCGGGCAGAACAACGACCGGCAGCCGCAGCUGAAUAUCAACCUUGCAAAUAACGUCCAGAACCAAGCUUUCAGGACGUCGACCCCGACAACACCCAACACCAACCACCCUGGAUUCCCUCUGCAGAACAACCCUACCGUCUCGUCAGUAAACACGCCGACGCUAGGCGCGGCGGGCCAGCAGAGAACGCCGGAUUCGUCGGUGCCGGGCACUCCCGGCGAGUUUGACCAGGACCUCGGCAACUACUUUGGCGGGCUGCCAAUGGGCAUGAACGCGCAGAUGAUGCAGGGCAACAACAUGGACUUUGGGAACAUGGGCUUCAACCAAAACGGCUACGACUGCGUCGAUGGCACAAUAGACCAACCGGCUAAGCGGCUGUACAGCAAGCAAGGCGGUGGUCUAACGCCACAGCAGUUGCAGUUUGCGCUUCGGCAAGGAAAGCUUGGCACGGACAGCGAGCUGGCCAAGCAGCUCCGCGCAUCGCAGCUGAUCAUGGCCAACGGUGGCAUUUUCCCUGGCGAGGAGAUUAAGCCGUUCAAAUGCCCGGUGAUUGGGUGCGAAAAGGCAUACAAGAACCAGAACGGUCUGAAGUACCACAAGCAGCACGGACACCAAAACCAACAGCUUAAGGAAAACGCCGACGGCACCUUUUCUAUUGUCGAUCCGGAGACUUCCGUGCCAUAUCCUGGCACUGUCGGCAUGGAGAAGGAAAAGCCGUACCGUUGCGAGACGUGCGGCAAGCGAUACAAGAACCUGAACGGCCUCAAGUACCACCGCGCACACUCUCCGCCCUGCAAUCCAGAGCUCAAGCUCAAUGCGAUGAACCUUCUCAGCGCUGCGAACCUGCAAGGCAUGAAUGUCAACGUUGCUGGCGCAGGGAUGGCAGGGAUGGGCAACGAUGGCAUGUUCUGA